AAAAAAACAUAAUCUACGAGAUUCUGCAAUUUUAACUUUACUCACUGGCUAAUCUCGUCCAAGAUUAAGAAGUUGCAGGAGAAGCAAGAAAGGGUCCCUUUUUUCAAGAAAAUUUCCCUCUUUUUUUGCCCUUUCUAAUUUGGGAAUUGUGGUCCUUUUCUGUCACAGUGAACAAAUAAAAAGCCUUUUUCACGUGGCAAGGAAGAACAGUUGUGGAGUGGCAGAGUUUAGAGAAAGUAACGAUGUCCAAGAUCUCUCCAGUUCAGGCUCUUUACGACCUGUGCAAGAAGGAUUGCACCCCUUCAGGAAUUCCUCCUCCUUGUCAAGUUGUUAUCCAAAAGCUUUCCUCUCUUAUGGAUAAAACUAGUCCUGCUGAUGUUGGGCUCAAGGAGGACAACUCAGAUGAAGAUCGGAGCCAUGGUUUUUUCGGGCCCAAUGCAGAUGAUGAUUUCGACAGGAUAGCUCGAUAUGCUCAUUCCAUUAGAUACUUGCAAAUAUUUGAAACUGAAAGCUUUACAACGUUUAUAUUCUGCAUGCCAAAGUCAACUGUUUUUCAACUCCAUGAUCAUCCAGGGAUGACUGUCUUGAGCAAACUUCUUUAUGGGUCCAUGCAUGUAAAGGCCUACGACUGGGUUGAGCCAGCUUGCAUACCAAAAAGUAGGGGACCAGGGUGCCGUCCAGUUAGAUUGGCAAAAUUGGCAGUGGACAAAGUUAAAACAGCAUCAUGUGGCACCUCUGUCUUGUACCCCAAAUCUGGAGGUAAUAUCCAUUGUUUCACUGCAAUAUCCACAUGUGCAGCAUUCAACAUUCUCACACCUUCUUUCCAAGAAGCUGCUGGCAGGACAUGUACCUUCUACCGUGAAUAUCCUUAUUCCAGCUUCCAAAUUGCAGAUGGAGCAGGCAUAAUUGAUGGAAAGGAAGAAGAUUAUGCAUGGCUGGAGGUGAUCCCCUCACCAAAUUCUCUGUGUGUUAUCAAGGAUGAAUAUAAGGGGUUCACUAUUCAAGUUUAGCUCUCUCACUUGCUAACAGUGAUUGAAUUUUUUUCUGAUUUGGAAUUUUUGUCUAUCCUUAAGAUGGAGAAAGUGGGUCCUGUUUGGGGCCUUUUUAGGUUGAACACUACAGCUUUGUGUGGCUUGGAGACAUGAGAUUUAACUAUUGUCUGUGGUAUGUUGUUAAUACAUAGUUAAGUUUCCCUUUCUUCACAA